GCGGACACGCGAUGGACGGACCCACGCAAGGAACAAUGAAAAGAUUGCUUUUCGGUUCGCAUGUGUGUGAGUGCACCACUGAAAUCCGACGUUGCACCGACACAUCCAGGACAGACAUCGCACACUAGCCAGCCAGCUGUCCUUUCAGUUACUCCCACACCAGGCACCGUCCAUAAUCGGCAUAUCAACACACAUCACACAGCACAACAAAAGGCCUCACGCGAGCAGUCUGGAAAAACGACAUGGCAGCCAAAUAUCGCCACCGCCCCUCCACAGUCAUUCCAUCGUGCAACUGGACGAUGACGCCUGUCUGGCAAAGAACGGCUCCGACGAUGCGUCGAGGACCUUCAUGACCUCGUCGACGAAGGCCGAGAAGUGGGGGUCUCGCAGGAAGCCGCUCAGGGCCGCACGCUUGUUGGGGGCGGUGCAGAUCUUCCGCAGCACAUUCCGCAUCAUCGUAUCGUCCAGGUAGCCUCGCACAGACGAACUGGCUCCUGCACAGACAGAGACUCCAUCCACACAUACCACACAUUUGUAGCUCCGCGCGUGUGUGUGUGGGUGCUCACUCAGUGCGGCUCGGUGCGCAUCCGUCAGCAGCACAUCUUCAUCGUCACCAUCUUGGCCGCCCCCCUGCUGAGCAAUGUCUUGUAGCCUCUUGUCCUCCUUUGCCUUCAGCUCGGCCUCGUGGUCGAGCCGCCUCUUCUUGAUGGGACAGUCGUCGGCUGAGUGGCGCUGGAAGCACUCCUUGCCUACACACACACACACAUACACAUGCCAUCCGUGCCGUUCGUGCUGCAUGGGAUGGAUGGAUGGAUGGAUGGACAGACACGUCAAGUCUACUCACUGCAGAACCGACGCUUGCAGCAGGGGAAGCGGUACUUGCCCUCUUGCGACUCACACACCACACACGGAUCCUUCAGACGAUGUUUCGACACACUAUCUCGCGAUGACGACGGAUUGCCGCACCCGCGCCCUCCCCUCCCUCUGCCGCCACGGCCUCGCCUGACGCUCCCUCUCCUCUGGUGGGGCUGUUGAGGGUGUCGUUCAUGAGUUGUCUUUGCUUGUAGCUCGUCAGGCAUGUUGUCCUGCGAGGGAGCACGGCCGUGGUGGGUCUCUGGCUGAUGAGAUGGCGGGGGAGAAGCACCGAUGGAUGUCGAUGGAUCUUCACGGUGGGUGUCUGUGGAAGAGCGCUGUUCUGAAGUAGGAGGAAGCAUGGUUGGGUCCAUUGCGGGAUGCGUCUCC